GCUCAACACACACGCACACUGCAAACACGCAACAUACGCACCAAACUUUUUUUUUUUUUACUUUGCCCGCUUUCUCUUUCUUUAUUAUUAUUUUUUCGCUUUGGAGCUUAAACCACCUUUCUUUUCAUACAUUUUUAAUCCUCUUUUGAAAAGAAUUUAAAACCGUAUAUAUACAUUUUUAACAAAGCACCAUACAAACCAAGCAAAAAAAGAAAAAUGGGCGUCAGAGUUUAUGUUGGAAGACUCGGACGUGAUGCAUCGCGCAGAGAUCUUGAGCGUUUGUUUAGAGGAUAUGGUCGACUGGAAGAAACAACAGUGAAGAAUGGCUUUGGAUUCGUUGAAUUUGCUGACAAACGGGAUGCUGAAGACGCAGUGCACGAUCUUCACGGCACGCGCUUUUUGGGCCAGAGAAUCAUCGUUGAAGAAGCCAUGAACCGACGUCGUGAUCGAGGCGUGAACCGUGUCAUUGUAAAGAAUGUCGCACCUGAAAGCACCUGGCAGGAUCUGAAAGAUCUGAUGAAAAAGGCUGGCCGCGUCACAUUUGCUGAUAUUCUGAAAGACCGUGAUGGCGAAGGCGUGGUGGAGUACGCACAUCGUGAAGAUAUGAAGUAUGCAUUGCGUGAACUGGAUAAUGCGCGGUUGAAUGGGCAACGUAUCACUCUAUCGGAAGCAGGCCGUAGGAGAAAAUCAUCCCCCAGUCGCAGUCGCAGUCGCAGUCGCAGCGGUAGUCGUAGCCGUAGCCGUAGCCGGUCACCAGCAAACUCAAGACGUGGAGGACGUUCGCGAUCCAGAUCCAGAUCCAGAUCUAGAUCGUUGGAACGAACAAGAAGCAACCGCAUGGAUGAGGAUGGCAAAGACGACGAGGAUCGCUCGCCAUCACGUCGCAACGAUAUCGAUGGUGAUGAGGGUGACAAGGAAAAGAAUGACAACGACAACAAUGAGCAGCAGCAGGAGAACGAUGAUAACCGCAGUGUGCAUAGCAAUGAUCGCAGCGACAGGGAUUAAAUGAUGUUCACAAGUUGGAGUUUGUCUUUUCCUAUUAAAAAUCAAAAACGUAGUAUCGCAAUUGCUUGUGUGUGUUGUUUCCGGUAAAAGUCGAUGGGCGUAUGUCUUGAUGUCAACGAUGUAUAAUGUCAAGACGGGCAAUGGCCUCUGGAGAAGCAGCAGGCGUUGUGGAAACAACGUGCUGCAGGCCCGAGAAUGGAUCACAGCGGAAUUGGUGAUGGGUGAGGGUACACAAACGGGCCAGCGUAGGACAAGG